UAAUCGUAAAGUAGUACAUCCAAAUAUUGUACGCAAUUUGAUAUGAAAAUAAACAGAACAAGGGUCUGGUAAAUAGAUUUUUUUUUAAUUUAUACAGAAUACCUAUCAUUGUUUAAAUCGACUAAAGAGUUCUAAACAGUAGUUCAACCAUUUAAGAAGAUCAUUUUGAAAUGUCGCUUUAUAGACAUAAUAAACCAAAAACAACGCCGUUUAGUCAUCAAACCAUUGGAGUUUUGGAUCAAAAAAGUAACGUUAAUUUGCAGCCAUUAGUAUUAACUGAAGAUUAUUCAGACAGAGAAAUGCCCCGGUCUGCCUCAGAAUCUGCCAUUGCAGCAAUGAUAUCUGAAAAAGAAAUUCUUCUUCCACAAAGACAAAAAAAUAGCCAAUAUGCGCCACUAACGGCUUAUUUAAAACCAAAUAAACACAGAUCAUCGCUUGCUACGUCUGAGACUCUAGCUCUAUAUCAAGCUUUGGAUCAUGAUCGCCGUAAAAGUUGUAUUACAAUGAACGAAUUAAAAUCUCGUUUAGAUAAAAAAGUUAUACAGCUUGCAAAUUCGCCAUCACAUACAUAUAGGACUCAACUAACAUUUGAAGAGUGGUUAACUAGAAAAGAGUUUAAUAGAAAAAAAAAUUUAGUAGACUUAAACGAGAUGCAAAAAGGUAAGUUACAACUUUUUAAGCUCAAAAAUUCUCCGAAUAAAAAAACAUAUGAUCAAUGGAUGGCUGAAAAAAUUGAAAAAAUAAAAGAGGAAAAGACAAAACUGCAACAAAAUGAAACAGAAAAAUCUAAAAAUGAUAAAAAAGACGCAGAAAAAAAAUACACUGACUGGUUAAUAAAAAAAUACGAGAAAGAUACUUACGAACAAAUAGUUGUGUGGAAAAAACUUCAAAAUAUGAACAAUAAAGAAAACGAUUCAAAUCAAAAAUAGUUUUUAAUAUAGAAACUAUUGAGUGUUAAUAGAUUGGGUGAUCUUGAUAUUUUUAAUAAUCUUUAUUACUUAGCAUAAGUCAAUUAAAAAGUCUACACAAGUUAAUAUUACCAAAAUAAAAACACUGCAAUAGGUUUUACUGUUAUUACGUUAAUUUUAGUCAAAAAACAGACUAAAGCUUGGAUGUUCUACGAUUUUCUUUAACAAUUAAACCGUAGAUGAAUUCAGUUUUUAGUGUGCGAGAAGAGAAAAGCGUGAGUAACAAUACAAACUACGAGAUUUUAAACCAAAGUUAGAUUGUACGUACUGGAUGGAUCUUCAGUGACAGCAUUUAUUUUGUAUUAUGUUUUUAUUUUAUGUGGUUUAAAAAGACCUGGUUUUAUAA